ACUGAUUGCCAAUAUUUAGUGUCUUGUUUUCCCUUCAGUUCCCUCCCCAAGUCAUGCAACCUAGAGAGAUUUCAAGGCUCCAAUAUAUGGUACCUUUGAUUCCGUCCCCGUAUUCGGCCCCAGAAUUCGAUUUGAGUCGAUUCUUGAAUCCCCUGCAUAAUCUCUACACCCCACCUCAACUUCAGGAACUCAUUCGUCCCCAUUCAUCAUGUAUCAACAGCAACUCGACCUCCGACGAGGCCGACGAGCAACAACUAUGUGUCAUCAACGAGAGGAAGCAAAGGAGGAUGAUAUCGAACCGGGAGUCCGCGCGCAGGUCGCGUAUGCGCAAACAAAGGCACCUUGACGAGCUCUGGUCGCAGGUAGUCUUGCUCCGGAAUGAGAACCACCAGCUCAUCGAUAAGCUGAACCAUGUCUCGGAAAGCCAUGACAAGGUCGUCCAAGAGAAUGCUCAGCUCAAAGAGGAAGCCUCUCAACUCCGUCUGCUACUCUCCGAUAUGCCACUCACUAGCCCUUACUCGACUUUACGAGACCUCGAACACGCUUUAGCUGACGACUCUCAGUCGUAAACCCUGUUUCAUCCCCCAAAUUUUAUCUAGUCCGUUUGGUGUAAGUGAACCAGUACUCUCUGUGCUU